AUGGGCAUGUGGUUCAACUACACCUUUGGCCUCAACGAGGCUAUCAACAGCCUCUGUUGCCCACCGGACAACGCGACGAACGUCGGUGCGUGGAGUCACUGCGCCGUCGCCGUAGGACCCUACAACGGCACCGCUGAGAAGGACAUGACGAGCUACAAGGUCGGCGGCUGUUUUGCAGAGCACAACGUAACCGAUAUCAGGGUGUAUCUGCAGGACAAGCCUGAGGGGCCACCCUCCGCUGCGCCGCGUCUUGUUUCGAAGCCGUUCGGUGUGCUAUCCUUUGUCCUCCUCACUCUCGCCUUCACAUCUGGCACGCUAGCCCAGACGGAACAGACACGACCGAACCAGAACGAUGAGCUAUCCCAAGAGGUCUUUGCCCAGGACGACAAGGACAACGAUCUCCUACGCAAGUAUGGUACUCUUGCUAACACCCCGAUGUGCACGCACUUCGAGCCCGACUCUCCCGACAAAUGGAGAAUGGACUCGACAAUGCCGCCCAUCAGCUACGGGCAGGGGACUCCGGUGUUUGCAGCCGGCAUCGACGACGGCACGCACACGGGCCGGUGGUUGAACGUUACCUGGUCCGCUGACGUUCCCGUCACAGGCGACUGGGAUGCGCUGCAGGAGACGCUGAAGAAGAAUCUGCCGCAGGACCGUUUCGACCGUCUCAGAGCGAGGGUUUACGUCCCCUCCGUGCCCGACAUGUUCUUCUUCCCCCAACAUCCGGCUAGGACGGGUCGGGUUGCUGUCUCAAGUACGGCGGUCAUGGUCCCGGGCACGUUCUCGCAGUGCAAUACUACGGAACCGACGCAUCGAGGAAAUGUCCGUGUACCUUACGAGGACGGAGUGUUCUUUUUCGCCGCUAGCCUGCCACCUACGAGCAGUAGGUGA